CCCGCCGCCGUAACCAAUGGCUCGGCCCGGCUGUUUAAAUAGACUCGUCCUGUCAAUCAUUUUCUUCUUCGUCAGCCUCCCUUCAAUCGCCAUAUUGGGCAACCGAGAAAAGGGCUCGUCUCCCCUUGUUUUUUUCCGUCUCGCUUUUACUACGCGGCGGCGGUGCGAGCGGCGGGGGCAUCGCCGGCACCGGCGGGGCAGCGCGGAGCCGGGGCCGCGGAGGGCAGCGCCGCUCCCGCCUGCGCGCUCCCCCCGCGCAGCGCUCCUCCACCCGCCCGGGCUCCGCGGCGGCGGCGGCGGCUCUGGGGCUCAUCCCCGGGCCGUCGCUUAUGCAAGGGCUGCUCCUCGCCCCUUCGCCGCGGGCCGAGGGCGAGCGGGGCCGGAGAGCGGGGCAGCGCGGCGCAGAGCCGCCGAGAGAUAAAUAAAAGGCGGAGGGGAGGAGGAGAAGGAGGAGGCGGCGGCGGCGGCCCGGGGGGGGUGAGAACAGCGAGCAAAACAACCGCCGCCAGAAGAAAGAGGGUGGGGGGAGAUGUCAAACGUCCGAAUUUCUAAUGGGAGCCCUACCCUGGAGCGCAUGGAAGCCAGGCAGUCGGAGUACCCGAAGCCGUCAGCUUGCAGGAACCUCUUCGGGCCGGUGAAUCAUGAAGAGUUAAACAGGGACUUGAAGAAGCACCGCCAGGAGAUGGAGGAGGCAUGCCAGAGGAAGUGGAAUUUCGAUUUCCAGAAUCACAAGCCACUGGAAGGCAGGUACGAGUGGCAAGCCGUGGAGAAGGGGAGCUCGCCCGACUUCUACUUCAGACCCCCCAGGCUACUGAAAACUGUCUGCAAGUCCGCCGGCCGCCAGAGCUUGGAUGUAAACGGGAAUUGCCAAACCGUGGUUUUUGUCGGUUCUCAGGGAAUCUCAGAGGACACUCACUGUGUAGAUCAAAAGACUGAUGUUUCUGAAAAUCAGACGGACUUUGCAGAGCAGUGCAUUGGGCAGAGGAAAAGACCUGCCACCGAUGAUUCCUGUCCUCAAAAUAAAAGAGCCAACACAACAGAAGAAGAGGUUUCAGAAGACUCCCCCAGUGCCAGUUCAGUGGAGCAAACACCCAAGAAAUCAAGCCCGAGAAGACAUCAAACGUAAAGCGUUUAGAGCGGAGGAUGUUGCGUGUCCUCGUUCAUCGGGUGCGGCGGGGGGCGAUGAAGCGAGGAAGAUGUAAAGUUGUAGUGGCAACGAGAAUACAUACCGCCGGCCUCCGUGGGAUGGAGGUCCUGUACAAGCACUGAAAAAACAGCAGCAGCAAAACAACAACAACAAAAACAAUAACACUAAAAUUUUUAGGCACUCUUAAAAGACCUGCCUCUAAAAGCAUUGGAUGUAGCAUUGUGCAAUUAGGUGUUUCCUUAUUUGCUUCAUUGUACUACCUGUGUAUAUAGUUUACCUUAUGUAGCACAUAAACCUUGUUGGGAGGGGGGAGGGAGUGAAAGAGGGUGACCGAUUGGAACUUGCUUUCACAAUCUAGCAAGCAAAGAAAUGUAUGAAGAGAAGCAGUGUAGGUUUUUUAUUACUUAAAGAUGUAUUGUCCCUUUAAGUGGGUCCACCGUGUUUUUUCUCCCCCCCCACCCCCCCUUUUUUUAAAUAUACCAUCGUGCUAACCCUGCUCAGAGCAGAUUAUUAUAGGCCGCUUGUGAAAUUUCUUCCUCCUGUGUUAAGGUGGGAGCUGCGAUGAUUCCGUUAUGCAGUAGCAAAAGUCGUGUCUCCCGACCUCAAAUCCAUACAGCAGGUCUGAAUGCCUGUAAAAGUUGUGUAAAAUCAUCCAGUUGUUAACAUUGCCUGAUUUCCUUGGGGGGGCGUUGUGUGGUUCUUUUAUUAUUUUUUUUCUUUUAACCUAAUCUGGAGGGCUUUUUGCUCUGAAUCUUGAGUAUUGUUUCCUGAUCUGACCCACUUCCCAAAGUGUGUGUGAGGGAAAAGGGAUACUACAUCUUUAAACAGUAUUUCUACAUUGCCUGUGUACCUGUAUGUAAAAAUAAAAAAAAAGAAGUUUGAAGUGUACCUGUGUACAUAACUCUGUAAAGACACUGAGAAAUUAUACUAACUUAUUUAUGUUAAAAGAUUUUUUUUUUAAUCUAGAAGACAAUAUUUUCCUCCCAUAAAGCCAAAGUGGCAUGUUCUUGUGCAUUUGUAAAUGCUCUAUUUGGUAGACAUUUUAGGGGGUUUUUUUUUGUUUGGGUUUUUUUUGUUGGGUUUUUUUUUUUUUUCCUUUUCCUGAUAAUUAAUAUGGCUGUGCUUAAAAGAUUGCAGACUGAGCCAAUUUAAUAUUUUUUUUUUUUUGUAAUGUGUGGGGGAAAAAAAAUCCAGAUUGAUAUUGUUUCACAUCAAGCAAUCAAUAAAGAAAACUGCCAUAUGUAAGAAA